CACAGCAGCUCACCUGAAGAGGCUUGUAAGAUCACCCUCUGUGUAUUGCACCAUGAUUGUCGGCAUUCUCACCACGCUGGCUACGCUGGCCACACUCGCAGCUAGUGUGCCUCUAGAGGAGCGGCAAGCUUGCUCAAGCGUCUGGGGCCAAUGUGGUGGCCAGAAUUGGUCGGGUCCGACUUGCUGUGCUUCCGGAAGCACAUGCGUCUACUCCAACGACUAUUACUCCCAGUGUCUUCCCGGCGCUGCAAGCUCAAGCUCGUCCACGCGCGCCGCGUCGACGACUUCUCGAGUAUCCCCCACAACAUCCCGGUCGAGCUCCGCGACGCCUCCACCUGGUUCUACUACUACCAGAGUACCUCCAGUCGGAUCGGGAACCGCUACGUAUUCAGGCAACCCUUUUGUUGGGGUCACUCCUUGGGCCAAUGCAUAUUACGCCUCUGAAGUUAGCAGCCUCGCUAUUCCUAGCUUGACUGGAGCCAUGGCCACUGCUGCAGCAGCUGUCGCAAAGGUUCCCUCUUUUAUGUGGCUAGAUACUCUUGACAAGACCCCUCUCAUGGAGCAAACCUUGGCCGACAUCCGCACCGCCAACAAGAAUGGCGGUAACUAUGCCGGACAGUUUGUGGUGUAUGACUUGCCGGAUCGCGAUUGCGCUGCCCUUGCCUCGAAUGGCGAAUACUCUAUUGCCGAUGGUGGCGUCGCCAAAUAUAAGAACUAUAUCGACACCAUUCGUCAAAUUGUCGUGGAAUAUUCCGAUAUCCGGACCCUCCUGGUUAUUGAGCCUGACUCUCUUGCCAACCUGGUGACCAACCUCGGUACUCCAAAGUGUGCCAAUGCUCAGUCAGCCUACCUUGAGUGCAUCAACUACGCCGUCACACAGCUGAACCUUCCAAAUGUUGCGAUGUAUUUGGACGCUGGCCAUGCAGGAUGGCUUGGCUGGCCGGCAAACCAAGACCCGGCCGCUCAGCUAUUUGCAAAUGUUUACAAGAAUGCAUCGUCUCCGAGAGCUCUUCGCGGAUUGGCAACCAAUGUCGCCAACUACAACGGGUGGAACAUUACCAGCCCCCCAUCGUACACGCAAGGCAACGCUGUCUACAACGAGAAGCUGUACAUCCACGCUAUUGGACCUCUUCUUGCCAAUCACGGCUGGUCCAACGCCUUCUUCAUCACUGAUCAAGGUCGAUCGGGAAAGCAGCCUACCGGACAGCAACAGUGGGGAGACUGGUGCAAUGUGAUCGGCACCGGAUUUGGUAUUCGCCCAUCCGCAAACACUGGGGACUCGUUGCUGGAUUCGUUUGUCUGGGUCAAGCCAGGCGGCGAGUGUGACGGCACCAGCGACAGCAGUGCGCCACGAUUUGACUCCCACUGUGCGCUCCCAGAUGCCUUGCAACCGGCGCCUCAAGCUGGUGCUUGGUUCCAAGCCUACUUUGUGCAGCUUCUCACAAACGCAAACCCAUCGUUCCUGUAAGGCUUUCGUGACCGGGCUUCAAACAAUGAUGUGCGAUGGUGUGGUUCCCGGUUGGCGGAGUCUUUGUCUACUUUGGUUGUCUGUCGCAGGUCGGUAGACCGCAAAUGAGCAACUGAUGGAUUGUUGCCAGCGAUACUAUAAUUCACAUGGAUGGUCUUUGUCGAUCAGUAGCUAGUGAGAGAGAGAGAACAUCUAUCCACAAUGUCGAGUGUCUAUUAGACAUACUCCGAGAAUAAAGUCAACUGUGUCUGUGAUCU